AUGGCACAAUCAGACGGACUUGCAUUCAAUAUCGGGGCCUUCGCCUCGACCCUGUUUCUGCUCGAGUUUGGCGCCGACAAGUUCAUCACUCAUACGGCCGCCGUCGCAAGCCGUAUCGGGGUAUCUGAAGUCAUCAUUGGCCUCCUCACAGCAGGCGCAGAAUGGGAAGAGCUUGCCGUCGUCGUCGCGUCUCUGGCGCAGGGCCGUUCUUCACUGGCAAUGGGGAACGUGAUUGGCGCUGCCAUUUCCAACAUCCUCGGCGCUUUUUCCCUCGGUUUGCUAUGUUACGGGAGGGGGAAGACGGUAGAGUUUGACAGGAGCUCCCAGAUCUAUUCUCUCUUGACUCUCGCCUUGACUACGGCAGUUGCUCCAGUCAUUUACUUUUCGACGAACAUCACCUGGUUGGUCUGCGGGCCGCUUCUAGUGGUGGCGUUCGGCUUCUAUUUCGUGCUCAUCGCUGUGGCCAUUGGUCGAGGGGUCCUUGCUGCGCCAGAGGACUCGGACGCCAGUGAUGCUGAUGAUGAGGAUGAGGAUGAAGAUGACGACGAGAGAUCAGUGUCAAGUUCGCGAGGCUUGCUCGCCAACAGCCCUGACACACCCGUGAGGGCAUACCCACGCCGCUAUCGUCACCGGCUCGCAUCUGAUGUCUUCUUUCUGUCCUUUGGCUUCCUUGCCAUAUGCCUUGCCGGUUACGUGCUCUCCCAGGCGGCAAUCAACGUCAUUGACCGACUUGGCAUCUCCGACAUUCUCUUCAGCAUCAUCGUCAUCGCCAUUGCGACAACGCUGCCGGAGAAGUUCGUCGCUGUUGUCAGUGGCUACCGCGGCCACCCGGGGAUUCUAGUGGCCAACUGCGCCGGGAGCAACAUCUUCUUACUGUCGCUUUGCUGCGGCAUUAUCAUGAUGGAUACCAAAGGGGGCUUGGACGGAGGCAAUGUGACCGUCUCGGAAUUGGGGGUCUUGUGGGCUUCAACGGCUGCGUUUACAGCGACUGUUUGGUUUGGGGCAGGCUUAUCCCGCUUGAUUGGGGGGAUCAUGAUUGUCUGCUACAUUGCCUUUAUUGUGCUGGAAUUCACGGUGAUUCAUGGAGUGGCAGGUUGA